GUCGGUGAAUUUAUGCAGGUAAACCAUUCGCCAAUCACAAUAAAUAACCCUCCCUAAAUCUCCGAUUCUUCCGCCCGCCCUGCUCUCUCGCCGGAAACCGCCAUGGCCGCAUUCCACCUCCUCCUCCUCCUUCUCCUGGCCUCGGCCGCCGUCGAUGGCCGCGAGUUAUCCUCCGACACGAUCAGAUUGCCGUCGGAAGCAAACAGGUUCUUCCGCCUCGGCGGUGGAAAUGAAGAGGACGACGGCUCUGUCGGCACCAGAUGGGCGGUGCUGAUUGCCGGAUCGAGUGGAUACUGGAAUUACAGGCACCAGGCUGAUGUUUGUCAUGCCUAUCAACUCCUAAAGAAAGGAGGGCUUAAAGAUGAAAACAUCAUUGUCUUCAUGUAUGAUGACAUUGCUUUCAAUUUAGAAAACCCUAGGCCUGGAAUCAUCAUUAACAGCCCACAAGGUGAUGAUGUAUAUGGCGGAGUGCCAAAGGAUUAUACCGGAGAAGAUGUCACUGUCAACAACUUUUUUGCCGCUAUUCUUGGAAACAGAACUGCACUUACAGGGGGCAGUGGGAAGGUCAUUGAUAGCGGUCCUAAUGACCAUAUUUUCAUAUAUUACACUGACCAUGGAGGUCCUGGCGUUCUUGGGAUGCCUACCAGUCCUUAUAUUUAUGCGGCUGAUCUAAUAGAUGUCUUGAAAAAAAAGCAUGCUGCUGGAACCUAUAAAAGCUUGGUAUUUUACCUCGAAGCUUGUGAGUCUGGGAGUAUCUUUGAAGGUCUGCUUCCAGAAGGUUUAAACAUAUAUGCAACCACUGCAUCUAAUGCAGAAGAGAGUAGCUGGGGAACCUACUGCCCUGGAGAGUAUCCUAGCCCCCCUAAAGAAUAUGAUACAUGUUUGGGUGACUUGUAUAGUGUUGCCUGGAUGGAAGACUGUGACAUGCACAACCUACGGACAGAAACUUUACGGCAGCAGUAUGAACUGGUUAAAAAGAGAACUUCAAACGGCAAUUCUGCUUAUGGUUCCCACGUCAUGCAAUAUGGUGAUUUACCCCUUAGCAAGGACCACAUUUUCCUGUACAUGGGAACGAAUCCUGCAAAUGAUAAUUUCACUUUUGUUAAUGACAACUUCCUCCUGCAGCCACCUUCAAAAGCUGUUAACCAGCGUGAUGCUGAUCUUUUGCAUUUCUGGCACAAGUUCCGUAAGGCUCCUGAAGGCUCUCCCAAGAAAGUUGAAGCUCAGAAGCAGUUUGUUGAGGCUCUCUCACAUAGAAUGCACAUAGACAAUAGCAUGACGAUGAUUGGAAAGCUUUUGUUUGGAAUUGAAAAGGGUCCAGAGGUUCUGAAGACUGUCAGGCCUGCAGGACAACCGCUAGUUGAUGAUUGGGACUGCCUUAAAACUCUGGUAAGGACAUUCGAGACACAUUGUGGAUCACUAUCCCAAUACGGAAUGAAGCACAUGCGAUCCAUUGCGAACAUCUGCAAUGCUGGAAUCCGGAAAGAGCUGAUGGCCGAAGCUUCAGCACAAACUUGUGUCACCAUCCCAUCUGGUCAUUGGAGCUCUCUGCAGAGGGGCUUUAGUGCAUAAAUCAAAGCUGGAUGCUCAAUCACAAAGAACAGCCCUGCCGAUCCUCUUCUGUCCCGGCAUGGUCUUGUCUAUAUAGCUCUAUGCCAACACUCUAAUCUCUGCUUGUUUCUACAAUUGCUUCAAUGUAAAUCCAUCUUAGAAGCAUUACUCAACCACCUGUAAGUAAUAUUAAAAAUGCUUGAUAUGAGGGGUCACAAAUCUGCUCCAGUGAAUUCUUUAUUGCGUGGAGUGGCUAUAUAGGCCGUAGUUUCAAAGUUGCCUAUGUUGACAAAUAUAGAAGCACAGUGAGCAGAAUUUAAGAUAAGCUUUCUGUA